CAAAUAUCUCAGAUGCCCCAUGGGUCCAUGCCGUAAGGUUUCGAGAAUGGCUGGAAUUUUCCAGCGCUGCAAAAGCCCAAGUAUUUCUUCGUUUGGUCGACCGUGUACGUCAAGUACUGAAUCCUUGCGUUCGAAGCUACCGUGGUACUGCCGCCCGUAGUCUAACUCAACAAUCGUCUCACUGAUGAUAACAUCUCCGAGUACAAUUUCGGACCCAUCUUUCUUGAAUGGGACCGCACCGCAAAUACCAACAAGCAAGUGCACGCCGAUUUUCCCGAAAUCAUACGAGUUAUCAUCCCCAGUACGAAGGCACGGAUGAGAUCCGUCAAGAGCUUAUUGCAAUAUUCAAAAGAUUAGCCUGCACAGGGAAUGUGAAGAUAUUUCUAUCAAGCAGGCCUUGGAAUAUCUUCCAAGACAGUUUCAGCGAUAUUCCUAAGAUACGACUGGAGGAUCUCACGCGAGACGAUAUCGACCUGUAUGUUCGGGCAAAUUUCCUCAACAAUCCACGAUUCCAAUAUCUGCUUCGUUGUGAUCAGAAGGCUGCAGAAGCGCUUAUAUUCGCGGUCACAGACAAGGCCGAGGGAGUUUUUUUAUGGGUACGGCUUGUGGUUCGCGAUUUGCUCAAAGCAAUGCGGGAUGGAGAUGGCAUUCGCACUUUGUACCGGAAGCUCGAAGAAAUACCCGCCGACUUGAAUGACUAUUUCAAACACUUGUUUUCCUCAAUUGACCCUCAGCACAUGCGAGAAGCGUCUAUCAUCCUGCAGACUGCAUUACAUGAAGAACACGACUUUGUCGCGCUACAUCCUCUCCGUUUACUUGACUUGUCGUUCACCGACGAAUCGAGCCCUGAUUUCGCACUAGCAGACUCCUUCAAGCAUGACAAAAUCUCCAUUAAUGACCGUGAAGCAUUGAGGUUUCGCCUAGACUCAACCAUUAGGCGGCUCAACAGUCGAUGCAUGGGCCUACUUGAAUGCACAUACAACCCUGACAGUUUCUUUGACUUAUUUGAUGAAGAGUCCACAGAAGAAUUCCAGGAUACUUCGCUCUAUCAAGGCCGGAAAUUUGAGCCGUCAAUAUACUCACAUGUCUUUGAUAGCCCCACUUUACUUCGCCCCUUCAUGCUUACAGUCGACUUUUUCCAUCGGUGUUGCCGGGACUUUCUCCUUUUCCCACACAUCCAGAGUCUACUCCACCAAUAUACUGGGGGCCGAUACGACGCGAGAAUGUUGAUCAUUAAUGCCAGGAUAUCACAGUUUCUAGCGCUACAAAAUAUCGAAUGCGGCCGCAGUAUCUCCUUAGGGAUAGCAAGCUAUCUUGUUAGUGCUCUUUCAGUUCCCGAAUGGAAAGAAGCAGCAGUAUCCAUCAGAGCUGCACGUAUACUCCAGCCAGCUAUCGAGGCCUUCUCAUGCUAUGAUGUAGCGUCUUCUCCGGGCUGGUACAUUGACUUCGUGCUGGCUAGUUGGCAGGAGGAAAAAAGCAAUUUUCUCACACUGGCAAUCGACUUCGACAUGCGGGCUUACUGCAUGGCAUAUCUCACUGAAGACCAAGUCCAAGCCAAAAAAGGUCGUCCGAUCUUAGAUUAUAUUCUCCGGCCAAGGUUCGCAACAGAACAAUUCCUAAAUAUCGGUAGCCAAGUCCCCAACAUCGACCUUCUGCACCGGGUUCUUACUUUUGGAGCGGACCCUAACGGUCUCUAUCAAGGCGUCUCUGUCUGGGCACUCUUUCUUUCCUCAGUAGCAGAAUGGUUGCAGAGGGGUUUUCAUACUUCCGCCACCAAUAAGGAAGCAUACCUUAUGGCGCUUAGGAUGAUGAUUAACAGAGGUGCUGCACUGGUUCUCCCGUGCUCCUGGGUUUUGAGCGAGGGCCGCUGCCGUUUACACCGUUAUGGAUUAUUUGAGAUUGGAUAUAAAAAGAAAGACCGUUGGCCAAAGGACAUUCCAACAAUUGAGCAGGCCGUGACUGGGCUAUCACAACCGAGUUAUGCUGUCACCGAUCUCCUUGCAACAUUUCAGGUCCACUUUGGACCGGAACUCAAUGGGCUGAUUGAACUCGCAAAGGCAGAUGGCUAUCAGCAUCUACUAUCUAAAUAAUGCUUGCUUUUGCAGCAAAAAAAAAAUAAAAACAUACAACAGCAGGGAUUCGCUGGUGGUCACCCACCCAACUACUAACCUGCCGGCGUGUGGCUUAAGUACGGCUGAGCGGACGGGAAGCCCUGUUUUCCACACCCUAUGGUCGUAUGUGCUAGUCAGCU